AUGGAUGGUUUACUUAUCAAUACGGAAGAUAUGUACACAAUAGCUGUGAACAACAUAUUGGCAUUAUAUGGGAAAGGAACUCUUAAAUGGGAUUUGAAGAUUCAACUUCAAGGGUUACCAGGUCCAGAUGCUAGUCGCAAAGUUAUAGAUUAUUAUAACCUACCAUUAACAUUUGAAGAAUUCGAUAAAUUGAACAGGAAAUUCCAAGCUGAAUUGUGGCCUACAAGUGAAUUUAUGCCUGGAACUGCUGAGCUCAUUGCUUAUCUUAAGUCAAAAAGUAUUCCAAUUGCUGUUUGCACUUCUUCUACCAGCGACAAAUUCCAUUCGAAGACUUCUCAUUUAGCCGAAGCCUUUAAGAAAUUUGAUGUGAUUAUUACAGGUGAUGAUUCUAGAAUUCCACCUGGAAGAGGUAAACCAUUCCCAGAUAUUUGGAAUCUAGGUUUGAAAGAACUGAAUGCUAAAUUUAAUAGUCAUAUCACACCCGAAGAAUGUCUUGUAUUCGAAGAUGGUAUCCCUGGCGUUCGCGCUGGCAAGGCGUUUGGGGCAUAUGUCAUUUGGAUUCCUCAUGUAGAAGCUGUUCCUUUUAUUAGCGAUCCUUCUGGAAUUCUUGAAGGUAAAGGUGAAAUAUUGAGUUCUAUGACAGAAUUUGAACCAUCAAAAUUUGGUUUAUAG